UCAAUGAUCUAAAAAAUACUGUCUCUUGUAAUAAAGACGGGAGAGAGUAUUUUACUCGGAAAAUGUGAGGAUCACUUUUGGAUUGCCAUAUAAUUAUAAGCCAUGUUGGCUAAGAAUGCAAGCUGAGAAAGUUAACAUUUAUUCCAAACCGCGCGACCCAGUUUUGAGUAUAAAUGCUUGAUUCAAUGAUUCAUGUCUAUAGAGUCAGCGAGUCAGUCCCCUGUCUGUGAUCACCCAUUUUCUUAGCAAUGGAUAGACGACGAUAUCGUCCUCGCCGUCCUAUUCCUUCUCCUCCUUCUACUCCUUCUCCUCCUCUUCAUUCGUCUUCUUCAAUACCCAGAAACGAAUGGUUAUACGACGUGUUCAUCAAUUUCAGGGGAAAAGACACUCGCAACAAUUUUGUUUCUCAUCUCUAUGCCGCACUCACAAAUGUUCGAAUUAACACUUUUCUUGACGAUGAGGAGCUUGGAAAGGGAAACGAGCUUGGACCAGAAUUAUUGCAAGCAAUACAAGGUUCACAGAUGUUCAUCGUUGUUUUCUCAGAAAACUACGCUCGUUCUAGUUGGUGUCUUGAUGAACUGUUACAAAUCAUGGAAUGCCGGGCAAAUAAGGGUCAGGUUGUUAUGCCCGUGUUUUACGGUAUUUCCCCUUCCGAUAUACGUCAACUUGCUUUGCGACGUUUUGGAGAAGCUUUCAAUAACAACACAGAUGAGUUGGAUCAGCUUAUUUAUAUGGCACUCAGCGAUGCUUCGUAUUUGGCUGGUUGGGAUAUGAGUAAUUACAGUAAUGAAAGCAAUACUGUGAAGCAAAUUGUUAGCCAAGUUUUGACAAAACUAGACAAAAAAUACUUACCUCUCCCGGAUUUUCCAGUUGGACUAGAAUCCCGUGCGGAACAAUCUAUUCGGUAUUUAAGACAUAAUUCAGAUGGAGUUUGUUUAGUAGGGAUUUGGGGAAUGGGAGGGAUUGGCAAAAGCACCAUUGCCAAAGUCAUCUACAAUAAUCUUUGUUAUGAAUUUGAAGAUCAAAGCUUCCUUGCUAAUAUUAGAGAAGUUUGGGAGAAAGAUAGGGGUAGAAUCGAUUUACAAGAACAACUUCUUUCAGAUAUCCUCAAAACAAGGAAGAUAAAGGUGCAUAGUGUUGAGUUUGGAAAAGCUAUGAUUAAGGAACGACUUGUCACAAAACGGGCACUUGUUGUACUUGAUGAUGUGAGUGAGUUUGAUCAAUUCAAUUCAUUAUGCGGAAAUCGAAAUGGGAUUGGUCCAGGAAGUAUAAUAAUCAUCACAACAAGAGAUGUACGUCUACUUGAUAUCCUUGGAGUUGACUUUAUAUAUGAAGCGGAGGGAUUGAAUUCGGUUGAGUCCCUUGAGCUUUUCAGUCAGCAUGCGUUUAGGGAGACAAGUCCAAUAGAAGGUUUCCUUAUUCUUUCAAGAUAUGUAGUUGCCUAUUGUGGUGGACUGCCACUAGCUCUUGAAGUCCUUGGAUCUUACUUGUUCAAGAGGAGAAAACAAGAGUGGCAGAGUGUAUUAUCAAAGCUAGAAAAGAUACCUAAUGAUCAAAUACAUGAGAAACUAAAAAUAAGCUUUGACGGUUUAAGGGAUCAUAUGGAAAAGGAUAUAUUUCUUGAUGUGUGUUGUUUCUUUAUCGGUAAGGAUAGAGCAUAUGUCACAAAUAUACUAAAUGGUUGUGGACUUCAUGCUGAUAUUGGAAUAACAGUGCUGAUUGAGCGAAGCCUAAUAAAAAUUGAAAAGUAUAACAAGCUUGGAAUGCAUGAUUUACUGCGAGACAUGGGACGAGAAAUUGUCCGUGAAAGUUCACCUGAGGAGCCUGAAAAGCGUAGUCGAUUGUGGUAUCAUGAGGAUGUAGUUGAUGUACUGACCGACCAUACUGGAACAAAAGCCAUCGAGGGAUUGGUUAUGAAGUUGCAAAGGUCCAGUAGAGUUGGUUUCGAUGCAAUCGGUUUUGAGAAAAUGAAGAGAUUGAGAUUGUUGCAACUUGAUCAUGUACAAGUCAUUGGAGACUAUGAGUGUUUUUCAAAACACCUGAGUUGGCUUUCUUGGCAAGGAUUUCCUUUAAAAUACAUGCCAGAAAACUUUUAUCAGAAAAAUCUAGUUGCUAUGGACUUAAAACACAGUAAUCUUACACAAGUUUGGAAAAGGCCUCAGAUGCUAGAGGGACUGAAGAUCCUAAAUCUCAGUCAUUCAAUGUACUUGACAAGCACCCCUGACUUUUCAAAAUUACCGAACCUAGAAAAUCUCAUUAUGAAAGAUUGUCAAAGUUUGUUUGAAGUACACUCGUCCAUUGGAGAUCUCAAGAAGCUUCUCCUGAUAAAUUUCAAGGACUGUACAAGUCUUAGAAAUCUCCCAAGAGAGAUCUAUCAAUUGACAUCGGUGAAAACUUUCAUUCUUUCUGGUUGUUCAAAGAUUGAAAAAUUGGAAGAAGAUAUAGUGCAAAUGAAAUCAUUGACAACCCUAAUUGCAGCAAAAACUGGUGUCAAACAAGUUCCUUUUUCGAUUGUUAAAUCAAAAAACAUUGGAUAUAUAUCCCUAUGUGAAUAUGAAGGUUUAUCACGUGAUGUUUUUCCUUCUAUCAUUUGGUCUUGGAUGUCACCAAACAUGAAUUCCUUAGCACAUAUUCCCCCCGUUGGUGGCAUGUCAAUGUCUCUUGUUUGCUUGGAUGUAGAUAGUAGAAAUUUGGGUUUGGUCCAUCAAUCACCAAUACUUAGCAGCUAUUCAAAACUUAGAAGUGUUUCAGUACAAUGUGACUCAGAGAUUCAACUGAAACAAGAAUUCAGAAGAUUUCUUGAUGAUAUAUAUGAUGCAGGUCUUACUGAAUUUGGAACAUCACAUGGAUCACAAAUUUUGGAUCUUUCCUUGAGAUCUCUUUUGUUUGGAAUCGGAAGUUGCCACAUAGUCAUCAAUACUCUUCGGAAGAGCUUAUCAGAGUUUAAGCAGAAACAAACUUAGAUUAAUGGAUAAGCACGAGAAUUGCUUGGCUUCUAGAUACUGCUAUCUUCUAAAGGCCCGCACAAGAUGGUGGAAGGUUCAACGAUACCAUUCUUGAACGUCAAGAAUGAGUGUUGUGAGCUUGACAAUGGCCAUGUCAGAAGGUCUGCUAGUUGGCAAGUUGGAAUGUGAAGAACCUGUAAUUGGUUGGCAUGGACAAGAUCACGGACAAAGUGAUAAUCAAUGGAAAGAUGCCUUCAUUCUUGAAUGAAAAACUGGAUUGGCACAAAGAUAAGUGGCUCCAAGAUUAUCCGAGUGUAUGGUUGGCUUUUUUGUUAGCCGGCAAUGAAGUUCUGCGAGUAGCUUUUGUAACCAAAUAAUUUCAUGAGUAGUUGAUGCAAUGGUUCUAUAUUCAGCUUCUGUUGAAGAUUUAGCAGCAGUUCUUUGUUUUUUGGAAUAUCAUGAAAUUGGGUUGGAGCCAAAAUAGAAUAUGCAGGCAGCUGUAUAGAUUUGUAGUCAAUCCGAUCGCUAGCCUAAUUGGCAUCACAGAAGGCCAACAAAGUUUUCAUGAGUGAGGUGAAGACCUUGGUGAUUGUUCCCUUUAGGUAUAGCAAAACAUGUUUUGCUACUUUUGCUACUUGUAAGUGGAGUGACGUUUGGUAUUGAGAUAAUCGAUUGACAGAAGGAUCUAUCAGGUCUGGUUAGAGAAAAAUAUUUAAGUGAUCCAAUUAUUUUCCGAUAGGAAGUGACAUCACAUACGGGUGUAUCUGUCGGUGUGAUGAGAGAGCACAAAAUGGAUAUCAGUGUGGACACGGGCUUUGAUUCGUCCAUGGUUGUUGAUUCAAGCAGGUCUCAAAUGUAGGGCAUGCUGGGAUAGAAACAUAUCAUUGUUUGUUGGCACGAAUUCUACACCCAAAAAAAAAGACUUGGAGUGCCAAGACUUUUCAAUGAGAACUUGUUGAAUAGGGAAUGUUGAAAUAGACUAAGAAAAAUAUGAUCAUUUCAUGUGAGAGGAAUAUCAUCGACGUACACCAAAAAAUAAGCAAAAGUGUUAGCUUUAACAUAAAUAAACAAUGAUGUAUCAGAUUUAGCAUUUUGAAAGUUGUAACCAAGGAGAAAUUUUUGGAGUGCCUGAAACCAUGCUUGAGGUGCUUGUUUGAGCCCAUACAGGGACUUACGUAAUUUGCAAACUUGAUUGGGGUGUUGGGGAUGAACAAAGCCAUAUGGCUGCGACAUGUAGAUAGUUUCCGAAAAAUGCCAUAUGGCUGCGACAUGAAGAUAGUUUCAGAAAUUAUUCCAUUUAAGAAAGCAUCGUUGACAUCCAUGUGGGAGAGAGACCAGCCACACCACGAUGUAGAGCAAUACUGUUAUGCACAGUAGGCUUGUGAUACCAUAGGCAGAAGUUGUUACAUAUAUAAACAUGACUUUAGCUAAGAUAUAGUAACAAACUAAAGUUAAACCAUAGAAACUGAUUUGACUAACUAUACAAGCCUAUAUUUUAGUUUAAGCUGAAACAAUUAAACAAAAUUAGUUAAUGGGUAGGAUGAGCAAUGCUUGGUUUUUUUUUUUUAUGACAGUGAUACCCUUUAUUAGUAACAAGGUUUAAUUACUCUUUUGGUCCCUUAAUUUAUUUUUUGGUUUCGUUUUGGUCUCUUAACUAUUCAAAGUU